GGCGUAAGCGAAGGAGGCAACGGUAACUUUACAACUAAUUCUCUCUCGCCCAUCCUCUCUCUCUGCAGCUCUUCCCUUCACCGUCGCGUGUGUCCACUUUUUCAUUUCUCCCACCCUUCCAUCUCCUUCCCCGUCGAUUCCGAUAACCUUGAUCUGGGACCUGUGCACAUCCUACAGCAGACGGUGAAUGCCCGUCUGAAGCUGGUGUGGGUCCUUUUGAGUUUGUCGAGAAAUCAAAACAGAUUUUCUCUGCUUCGCUUCCACCGCGUCGAGCUCUCUUGAAUAACACACGCUUGCCUCUACUUCGUGGAAGCGCACUGCGACCGAGUGUUUCGCCUAUUGUUAAUUAUUGAUAUAAGUUUUAUAGUCACCUUUCGCAAAGUCCUAACAAAUUUUCGGUCUCCGGACGACCUCGAACGAAUGAACCCAUAAGUAUCAACAUAUACCGAACAUCAUGUCUUUCGGAUUCGGAGGCUUUGGCCAAAACAACCAGAGCACCGGAUUUGGAGCUGGCUCUGGCUUCGGAGGGACGAGUUCUGGAGGAGGAUUUGGAUCAGGUACACCGAAUCAGUCAAAUUCGCUCUUUGGAAACCAAAACCGGACCGGCGGCUUUGGGACUGGAGCUGGGGCUGGAACAACAUCCGGUGGCAGUCUCUUUGGGGGUGGCACAGGAGGCACACCAACUGGUGCAGGUUUUGGUGGUUUCGGAUCAACUGGAAACACUGCCAACACUACGAAUACUGGAGGCUUCGGAAGCUCUAAUAAUGCCACCGGUGGUGGCCUCUUUGGCAACAAGACUGCUGGCACCGGCUUUGGCAGCUCAACUGGUACUACAGGCGGCUUUGGCACGAGUGGCGGAGGCUUUGGAAGCGGCACUACUGGUUUUGGUAGUGGAACAGGAACUGCUUUCCAGCAGGCUGUUCCUCCCUCAGAAGGUACUGGUAGCACACCAUUCAGUCCUUUCACGGAGAAGGAUGGCAGCACCAAUGUGACCAACCACUACCAGAGUAUUUCCUUCAUGCAACCGUACAGCAAAUACUGUUUUGAGGAACUGCGUCUCGGUGACUAUCAACAAGGCCGUAGAUUUGGAAACGGAAGUGGACAGGCCGGUGCCUUUGGUACUUCGGCCUUCGGAGGAAGUGGCUUUGGCCAGCAGCAGCAGCAACAGUCCACUGGGUUUGGAAGCACUUCUUCCCCCUUCGGUGGUACCAGCGCCCCUUCUGCUUUCGGUCAGACACAGACCACUGGUGGGUUCGGGUCUACCUCUACCACUAGUAACCCCUUGUUCGGGGCCAAGCCAGCGACAUCUUUGUUUGGAGGAGGAACAUCUACAGGAACGUCGCAGCCCGGCCUAUUCGGUGGGACUACGGCAACUUCGGGCGGCUUCGGCAGUACAGCCAACACCGGAACUGGAACUGGCUUCGGGUCUGGUGGCUCUCUGUUCGGCAACAAUAAUACCACUCAGCAGGCGCAGCAACAACAAAACAAGCCCUUGUUUGGCGGUAAUACGUCUGCCGGGACAGGUGGCUUCGGUGGUUUCGGCCAGCAAAACACGAGUACGUCCACACCGUUUGGCGGUACUGCUGCUACUUCAUCUCCAUUCGGCGGCGGCCAGCAACAGCAGACUGGGGGAGGAGCAUUCGGCGGCUUCGGUCAACAGAAUCAACAGAACCAGACCCAGACUCAAAACAAGGGAUUGUUUGGCGGCGGCGGCGGCUUUGGGCAGAAUACCCAACAGCAACAGUCCUCGACACCUAGUUUAUUUGGAGGUGGUACUGGUACCACAGGGGGUUCUUCCCUCUUUGGUCAGAAUAGCCAGCAGCAACAAUCGACCGGUGGUUCUUUGUUCGGAGGUAACAACCAGCAAUCCGGGAGCGGGUCUCUAUUUGGCGGUAAUACCCAGCAGCAAGGCCAAAAGAGUCUGUUUGGGUCUGGCACGACUGCCCCAGGAACCGCCACCAGCGCCUUCGGAGGAUUUGGCAAUACUCAAAACCAGCAGACGGGAACUGGUGGCCUCUUCGGUAAUACUCAAAACCAACAACAACAGAAGCCAGGCGGUCUGUUUGGCGGAAGCACAGCCACUGGUGGUUCCUUGUUUGGAGGCUCUACUGCAGCAGCCCAGAAUACAGGCUCCUCGCUCUUUGGCAAUACUCAAGGCCAGCAGCAGCAGCAGAGUGGAGGUCUCGGACUGGGUACCUCUAGUCUCUUUGGUAACACACAGCAGGCACAAUCUCAGCAGCAGCAACCCCAGCAGCCAGUGCCUGGUAGUCUGCAGGCGUCUCUCCUCGACCCAAACCCUUACGGGAACCAGUCUAUCUUCUCUGGUUUGCCUGCACCAAGUGCUCCUAGCCCUGGCCCAUUGGCGACGCCGCUUUCUUCCUCUAUUAAGCAAAAGCAGCGUACUCCAUUACCUGUUUACAAGAUUACGCCAAAUGCUGCUAAUCGUCUCGUCACACCGCCAAAACGCCAAGGGUACGGAUUCUCUUACUCGACCUACGCCUCACCCUCCAGCUCUGCUGGUACUCCAGGCGGGCUCGGUGGUAGCCUGCUAGGCGGCAGCCUGCGUGGAAGUGUCAACGGCAGCCUCGGGCGUGCUAGCUUCAGCAAGAGUUUCUCUACUAGCAACCUUCGCAAGUCGUUUGACCCGGAGACCGACAGUGUUCUGUCCCCAGGAGCCCUUUCUUCUGGCUCCUCUCGUCUGUCCAGUGGUAACCUGAAGCGUCUCACCAUUGAUCGCAGCCUACGAAAUGAUCUGUUCUCACGUCCAGCCAGUACACCUGCGGCUACAAUCACAAAUGGUGAGGACACCGCCCAGCCAACGGACAGGACCAAGAAGAAGGUCAGCUUUGAAGCUACCUCGGAUUCUACCACUGGUAGUGAAAUUGUGCCGGUGCAGUGUCAAACUCCGGAGCCCACUCCAGAAGAGUUGGGCUUCCUCCGUUCGAUUCGCAAGAGUAACACUAUUAAUGGAAUCAACGGUCUUAAAGAGAAUGGUACUCGGCCGGAAAUGGAAUCUAUUCGUGAAAAGGACCUCCCGGUCGUUCCUGAGGACUUUGAACAGACCGCGACCACUGAUGGCAUAUCACGGCUGGCCUUUGUUCCCGGCGGAGACCCACAGCCUGGCGAAUAUUGGAUGAAGCCUACCAGGGCUGAGCUGAAUAAGCUGAGCCGUGAUCAGCUCAAGCAUGUUGUGGGCUUUACUGUCGGUCGGCAACGGUGUGGUCAAGUGACGUUCAAUGAGCCCGUUGACUUGACGAAUAUUGACCUUGACCAAAUUUUCGGAGGCCUUGUCGAUAUCGGUGUGCGGAAAAUAACAGUGUAUCCAGAUGAAGCAAUCAAACCUCCUAGGGGUAAAGGACUCAAUGUCCCAUCUAUCCUUCGAAUCGAAAAUUCCUGGCCACGAGGAAGAGACAAGAAGUCCCCGUCGCCUCUUACCAGUGGACCACUCUUUGAAAAGCAUGUUGAUCGCCUAAGAAAAGUCCACAAUACCGAUUUUAUUGAUUACGAAACGGAAACGGGCACAUGGGUUUUCAAGGUGCCUCAUUAUACUACAUAUGGCCUUGAUUAUGAUAGCGAUGAUGAUGAAGGUGAGAGCCUCAACCAAAGCACUUUGAGUGCUGCUCCUGACACACCGACUCCGAAGGCUCAUACUCCCACCAAUCUCGAUAAUACUGUAGCCUCGGAGCAGAUGUCCACCUUUUCGACAGAUGAUUCCUUUCUCGGUUCGGUGGCUGGGGUCGACGAUGACACAUUUGAUUUCAAAAAGCGUAAAUUAGUUCCAGGGUCGUUUGGCAACCAAGCAAUGGAGAUAAUGGAAGAUGAGCACUCGAACUUCGGAGAAGAUGAGGAGUCUUUUUUAGGGGAAGGCUCCACGGGUUCAACUACUGAGCAAGAAGGUGACGAUGUCACUGAAUGCCAGCAGUCUGGCGAAUCAGAAGUUGAAUUAGAUGAGGAUGAGGAAAUGGAUAUGGCGGGUACCUUUCCUUCCCUUCAUCAUACCGUGGAGCGUGAUGACACCAAAAGCACCGGUAGCUACGAAAACACUCGGCCGUCUUUAAGACCAUGGGGUACUCCUCCAAAGGCUCGUCUUGAUCUUAGCGGUGACUGGGCUGAGCAGCUGCAGCGAACCAUUAGUCCCAGGAAGCAAAACCGCGAUGCGCUGCGCGAAAUUCAGGCGAACGCCUUCAUAGAUAGGCCUCUCCACGAGGAUGACACGGAAGAGCCUGUUGCCGAUACUAGGCAAAAAGGUUUCGCGACUAGUAUCGACUUGAUGAAUUCAUUGUUCCAACAACCGCAGAAACAUCCGACGCAAUCUCCUUCCAAGCCAUGCAAUGUGCAGCCUAAAGGUUUCGAGUGGCCCUAUAACAAGAAGCCGAAGACGUUUGCUAGUGACUCUAAUGAACUCAGCCAAGACGACCUUGCUUUUCACCACUCAUUCAAACCGCGCUGGGGCCCAGCAGACUCUAUCCUAUGCGUCAAGGACGGGAUGGGAGGCGUUCAUUCCGGCGAUCACCGCUGGGAACAGAAGUUUUCUAUCACAAGCGAAGAGAGGGAUAUUAUUCUCCUGGCUCUCAACAAGGCGCCGGAUUUGAAUGUGAUGCUGGAUGCCCAGAAGAAGCAGACUAUAAUAAGCUGUGUUGAUGAUGUUCCUUUUGCUCGUUUAGCCAAAGCUGAUUUCCAACAAUUCGCACAAACAUCGUCCAGUAUGGCGGGCUCUGACCAAGAGAGAUUGCUGUGGCAGUUGGCCAACAUCCUGUUCAACGACGAUAUCGAAGAUGAUAUCUCCGCUGGCGUGCCACCCCAGCUUCGAGCAAAGUUCAUCCACCGCAUCAAGAAGGAUCGUCUGAGUCGCCUGUGGGAAGGGGUUGUUAGAGAAAGACACGCACAUACGCUAGGUAAAGCUGAUUCAGCCGAGGAACAAGCUAUCUUCCUGCUUUGUUCGCACCGGGUUGAGGAGGCCUGCAACGUCUUGAUAGCCAGUCAAAAUCUUCAUCUAGCCACCCUCAUUGCGCAAAUUGGCCGAGACCCCACCAGCCGUUGCGACAUGGCGAAACAAAUUGAGAUGUGGCGACAGCACAACGUUUAUUCGGAAAUGACUGAGCCUAUUCGAGCCUUGUACGAACUCCUGGCUGGCAACGCCCUCCGCAGCGAAGGUAAAUCAGGUGGUGCACUUGAGGAUCGCGUAUCUACGUUCACUCUCACCGAACGUUUCGGGCUCGAUUGGAUCCAAGCUUUUGGUCUCCGCCUGUGGUAUGGAAUCACCGACGAUGAGCCUAUCGAGGCUGCCGUUUGCAAAUUUUUGAACGACCUCAAUACCGGUGACGAGCCCGCUUUCCCGUACCCUUUCCACAAGGAGAGCGCCCGGGAAACGUCGCAUGCAGUGUCCGAUACACUUGGGCAAGAGUCGCCUUUGUGGGUUUUGCUUAAGGUCUAUUCAAUGACUCUUGGAGCGGCCAAGGAUAUACCAGCAAUUGACUUCCCAGCUGCUUUACUUCCGGAAUCCGUCAGUGGUGAUAAACUGUCGAACCGACUCUCCUUCCAACUAUAUCAGCUCCUCACCGCCGCUGUCGGCCGGCAUGAUGGUUUCAAGGUUGAUACUUUCCAUGUGGAUCAAUUGGUCUGGGACUAUGCUUGGGAGCUUAGCUGUGGUGACCAGCUCGACCGAGCUUUAUUUGUCUUACUCCAUCUUUCCCGAGCUGAGGAUCGUGAGCGUGCCUUGAAAGAGACUAUAGCGAGGUUUGCGGCGCGGCUGCCUGAUCAAGUCAACUCUGAAGGGGCGCCUGAUACCACCUGGCAGCAUCUCACUAGAGACCUGCAAAUUCCCGAAGCAUGGAUUUGGGUUGCUAAGGCCCUUUCCGCUCGUGAUGCCGGGGAUGCCCCUCGUGAGGUGGAUUGUCUUGUUCGUGGUAAGAACUGGAACGAUGCGCACGCCACUUUCUGCCGCAUUGUCGGCCCAACCGCUGUUAUUGAACGCGAUUACGCGACAUUGGAGACACUACUGUCAGGCUUUGGCGAUGCCCCCGACCGCAAAGUCCAAGGAUGGGCUAAUGGCGGCGGUGUCUACGAGGACUUCCUGCGCUUAGCGACCGCCAAAAGCGGAAAGCGGGAUGCCACUAGGUUGAACCGCUUGGUGAAUGCGUUGGUUGCGAUGGGCACUCAGAUCAGUCAAGGAUCGGGCGUCGAGGGAUUAGAGGAACGGGUGGCCUUCAAGGAAAUGAGCCGAGCGAUUGCUAGUUGGACGGCCCAUGAGGAUGGCAAGGCGGUCGAGUUUUCAGGUGUGCUUAGUUUGCCUUUGACGGGUGAAGCGCGAAUCAUGCAAACCGCAGAGAUGAGUCGACGGUAUUACAGUGUCAUCAUGGCAGGUGCCUAUUAAGCGUUUCUUUUCCUUUUUGUCAUGUUACUUUGGUGUCAUCCCUGUAUCCUAGUGUAGAUUUCCCCCUGUUGUAAUCCUCCUUGGAUUUCACGUUCUUCAUCUUCAGCCCUUUCCUGGUGCUUCAUGAUUUCUGUGUUAGUUAGGUUACCUUACGACUGUUGUCUUAGUAUGUGAAAUGCACUUAAUAAGUCUUCAAAAUAUCCUUCACGUCAUUACAAGAUCUGUCUCCUAGAAACACGUCUUUGAUGACGCUUCUCAUGCCUGCACAAUCUCCCUUUCAACAUCCGGAAAUGAACCCAGUAUAUUUAGACAGACAUUGUUGCAUUGUACAUUAUGGGAAAGAUGCCACUAAAAGUCAGAUCAGGUGACAGUGCAAACUAGUCAAAGAUAUUCCCAAUC